AAAACAAAUAGAUCAAAACCAUUUCUCUCAAAUAUUCCUAAAAAUUGCUGGUUGGUUGCAGGCUCAGUGAGUUUUGUUUUCCUUAUUGACCCCAGAGAAUGGUGUAAUAACAAGCUUCGAAAAGAAGAGACAGAGAGAAAGGGAGAGAUGAGGUUUUCGGGUUACAUAGCUCAAUGGAGAAGCGCAGCGAAGGAAGCGAUGGACCGCACAGGCAUCACUGUGAAUUUCCUGUGUUGGCUUCACUUCACCAGCAACUACCUCUGUUCCCCGGUUCACGCGUAUGGGGUUAGCAUGCUCCCCACUCUCAACGUCACCGGCGACAUCCUCCUCGCCGACCACCUCUCCCCGCUGCUCGGGAACGUCGGCCACGGCGACUUGGUUCUCGUUCGGUCCCCUCUCAACCCUAAAAUCAGGUUGACGAAGCGCGUCGUGGCCGUGGAAGGGGACACCGUCACUUACUUCGACCCGUUGCACUCUGAAGCUUCUCAAGUUGCAGUGGUGCCAAAGGGGCAUGUUUGGAUUCAAGGGGAUAACAUUUACGCCUCCCGUGACUCACGCCAUUUCGGUCCUGUCCCAUAUGGUCUCAUUGAAGGAAAAGUGUUUUUCCGGGUAUGGCCACCAAGUAGCUUUGGAUUACUCGAUCAAUGAAGAAAUUUUAAAGAAGGAGUUGUGCAUAGUCAACAUCGAAAAGACAUUCGCUAAGCUCCGACAUUAACAUUUCAACCGAAGUAGCAUUCCUAUUGUAGUUAAGGUAUUUAGAGGUGUUGGUUAGAUCAAUUUUUCUCCACCAUAUUUGAAGUUUGCAACAUUUAUCCAAUCAUUUGGUGUGAUCUAAUCUUCUUCAACACCUCAAUGAUUAGAUUGUCUAUGUCGAGGAGUUUGAUAUUUGAGUAGAACGGUUUUACAAGAUCCUCAUAAUAAUAGCCUUUUCAUGAC